AAUCAGUUAUUAUUAUUCUAAAUUCUCUGAGCAAAAUCCGAAAAGAUAAAUACAAAGAUUGUUGGAAAAGUAAUAUAAAUAUGGUAUAUCAAAACAUCGGUCGUGUUUUGUGCAUUCCUUUUGCUGUUUCCGUUGUUCUCUCUUCGGCUGUUCACUUUCCUUUAGCUGUUGCAGCAUUUUCUCACCAGCGCCGCCCCAUGGCCCCCGCAAAGUCGAUGAAUCCGUCGCAGUCUCGGUCUCCGAUCCCUCCUCCGGUGGCGAAGAAGGUGGAGCACGCCAUGGAGUUGUUUGGCGACGUGAGGAUCGACAACUACUACUGGCUCCGGGACGAUUCCCGCACCGAUCCUGAAGUGCUCUCCUACCUCGACCAGGAGAAUGCCUACACAGAUUCCAUCAUGUCCGGAACAAAGGAAUUUGAAGACAAACUUUUUGCCGAGAUAAGAGGGAGGAUUAAGGAGGCUGAUGUCACUGCACCUUUACGUAUAGGGUCUUAUUACUAUUAUAAAAGAACUUUGGAAGGAAAGGAGUAUGUUCAACAUUGUAGGCGCCUUAUACCUAAUAGCCAAAAGGUGCCAUCUGUGCAUGACACCAUGCCUACAGGACCUGAAGCUCCUCAGGAACAUGUUAUUUUGGAUGAAAAUGUCAAGGCACAACAUCACCAAUACUACAGAAUUGGUACUUUUAAGUUUAGCCCAAAUAACAAAUUGGUUGCAUAUACAGAAGACACCAAAGGAGAUGAAAUAUAUACUGCUUAUGUCAUUGAUGCUGAGACUCAAGCUCCUUUUGGAGAGCCGCUUGUUGGUGUAUCAUACCUUCAAUGGGCUGGUGAUAAUGCUUUAGUUUAUAUCACAAUGGAUGAGAUUCUCAGGCCUGAUAAGGCAUGGCUUCAUGUGUUGGGAACAGAACAAUCAAAGGAUAUUUGUCUUUAUGUGGAAAAGGACGAUACAUUUUCUCUCCAUCUUCAAGCUUCUGAAAGCAAGAAAUAUUUGUUUGUUGCAUCAGAGAGUAAAAUUACAAAAUUCAAUUUUUAUUUGGAUGUUUCUAAGCCUGAAGAGGGUCUCAAAGUUCUCACACCACGUGUUGAUGGGAUUGACACAACUGUCAGCCAUCGUGGAGAUCAUUUUUUUAUUACGAGGAGAAGUGAUCAGUUUUUCAAUUCAGAGGUCGUAGCUUGUGCUGUCAAUAACACCUCCUCCACUACAGUUCUUAUUCCCCACAGGGAAAGUGUUAACAUUCAGGAGAUACAGCUUUUCAGUGAUCAUCUUGUAGCAUAUGAAAGAGAAAAUGGUCUGCCAAAAAUAAUAGUUUAUCACCUUCCACCAAUUGGUGAACCACUAAGGAUCCUUGAAAGAGGUCAAGCUGUCAGUUUUGUUGAUCCUGUAUACUCAGUGGACUCUUCAAAUUCAGAGUUUUCAUCUAGCAUUUUACGGUUUUCAUACAGCUCAUUGAGGACUCCUUCUUCAGUAUAUGAUUAUGAUAUGAACGCAGGCAUUUCAGUUUUGAAGAAGAUUGACUCAGUUCUGGGAGGUUUUGAUACUACACGUUAUGUCACUGAAAGGCAGUGGGCACAUGCUUCAGAUGGAACUUUGAUUCCCAUAUCAAUUGUUUAUCGAAAAGAUCUUGUGAAACUUGAUGGGUCAGAUCCAUUACUACUUUAUGGAUAUGGAUCGUAUGAGGUAUGCAUAGAUCCCAGUUUCAAAUCAGGAAGGCUCUCAUUGUUAGAUCGGGGUUUUAUAUAUGCAAUAGCUCAUAUACGUGGAGGUGGUGAAAUGGGGAGGCAGUGGUAUGAGAAUGGGAAGCUGUUGAAGAAAAAGAACACUUUCACUGAUUUUAUUGCAUGUGCUGAAUAUUUGAUUGAAAAUAAAUUCUGUUCUAAGGAAAGACUGUGCAUCGAUGGAAGAAGUGCCGGUGGUUUGCUAAUUGGUGCAGUUCUUAAUAUGAGACCAGAUUUAUUCAAGGCUGCUAUUGCUGGAGUACCUUUUGUGGAUGUUCUGACAACAAUGCUUGAUCCAACCAUUCCUCUUACUACCUCAGAAUGGGAGGAAUGGGGAGAUCCUAGAAAGGAGGAAUUCUACUUUUACAUGAAAUCAUAUUCUCCCGUUGAUAAUGUGAAGGCACAGAAUUAUCCACACAUUCUUGUUACAGCCGGAUUAAAUGACCCACGUGUUUUGUAUUCUGAACCUGCCAAGUUUGUUGCAAAACUGAGGGAUGUGAAGACCGAUGAAAACAUACUUCUGUUUAAAUGCGAGCUUGGUGCUGGCCAUUUUUCUAAGUCGGGAAGAUUUGAGAAGCUCCAGGAAGAUGCCUUCAUUUAUACAUUCAUUAUGAAGACUCUAAACAUGAUUAACUAGCUUCAAGUCUCUAGAUGCAUGAGGAUUGCGUAGAUGAUUGGAUUUGAAAAUUACUUUUGCAUUUUUUUUUCUUCGUAAUUUAUCUUAUUAAUGAAGGACGUUGUAAUUAAAAAUGAUGAUUUUUUUCCCGUAAUUUAUCCUCCUAAUGGAGGAUGUAGCAAUUGAUGAAUUUGUGCGUGUUUGGAUUUUAUAUAAUUGUUUAUUUUAUUAA